CCAACAGUGACGUGUGAGGUGGAAGGUGUUACCCAUCAAUUUCUGGUGGACACUGGAUGUACAUACUCUGCCAUCAGAUCUCACCAACCCCUGUCUUCGGAAUCAAUACAGGUGGUGGGGGUAUCAGGAACACCCGAAGCUCAGUACAAAACCAACCCCUUGCUUUUUCAAUGGGGACCAUCAAAGUUGAAACAUCAGUUUCUUUUCUGUCCAAACUGCCCCAUUAACCUGUUGGGUAGGGACCUACUCUGCAGACUCGGAUGCGCAAUAUACCUAACAGAAAAGGGAGUUGAAGUCUCUGUUUCCCAAAUUCCAAGUGCAAGAGUCCUGAUGCUUCCCAUUCUACCAACCCCUAUACCAUCUACAACACAGGAAAUCUACUGGCUUAGGUGUCUCCCAACCGGACCAGCAACUCCAGCUGUCCAGUUCCAGUUUAAUCAAAUGAGAAAGCUCAUUUACUCUUUUUACCCUUACAAACCUCCCCAGACUGACUUACACUGCACACUUAAUGUGACUGAUGAUGAAGAAACUCCCUACACUCAGGAUUGGGAUGAAAAUAUGAUGCACCUUACUCCCACCAUUCGAUGCGUUACUAUUAUCUGUGGAACAGAAGGUGUCGCUGCCCCUGUCAUACUCUCCAACAACCUUAAGCCUUGGUACCAGCUGGGGCCUGAUUCUGCACCUCAUUCCUUGGCUGUGGGCAACGGCCAUGAAGCCAGGAGUUUGGGACAAAUGAUAAAAAGAGCCUCCAAACUCACCUGGGAGACUACCACCACACCUGGACUGUUAAAAGCGACCACUGAAAAAAUGUGGCGUUUAACAACGGUAGACACAGAAGAACAGUGCCAACCUGAGCGAAUCACACUCCCAAGACACCAUGGAAAACCUUAUUCUGACCAUCCAUCUUCACCAGCUGUUUUGGAAUCCAUUGACAAAUCAAUAUGGACUCACACACCCUUUGAUGUGGGAAAACUCCAGGUUCACCCAGUUACCAUCACCCUUACCAACCCUGACCAGAUUCCUAUAUAUCGAACGCAGUACCGACUGAAACCUGAACAGAUAGAGGGAAUCAGACCUACUAUCGAAGGCCUGCUGGGAGCAGGGUGUAUCUAUAGGACUCAGUCACCAUGGAACACUCCAAUACUUCCUGUUCUUAAAGCUGGGGGUGAGACAUAUAGGAUGGUGCAAGACUUCCGAGCUGUGAAUGACGUCACCACACCGAUUGAUCUCCCUGUUCCUGAUCCUCACAUCACUUUGAGCAAUCUGUCACCCAAACAUCAGUACUUUACUGUAGUGGACUUGGCCAAUGCCUUCUUCAGUAUUCCAUUGGAUGAAGCAUCCCAGCCACUCUUUGCGUUUACCUACGAAAAUCAGCAGUUUACGUAUUCGGUUCUUCCCCAAGGUUACAGGUGUUCUCCCGGAAUCUUCAAUCAUAUCCUGAAGACGCACCUGGCGGAGCUGAAAAUCCCGGAAGGAGUGAUACUUAUACAAUAUGUUGAUGACCUGUUGUUGGGGGCUCCCACCUCAGAUCUCUGCCUGGAAAUAACUAAAACUCUUUUGGACUUUCUGGCAGUCAAAGGCUACAAAGUAAAAAUGGCCAAGGUCCAAUCCUGCAGACGUACCGUUCUGUUCCUGGGAAGGGAGAUCUCAGGAGAUGGUGCUGGACUCUCCAAGUCACACCGAGACACGAUCUUACACCAUCCAAGACCCAUCACUGUCUCAGGGAUGCUGUCCUUCCUAGGCUUGACUGGAUAUAGCCGUACUCAUAUCCCGGACUAUACUUCAAGAACUGAACCACUGAGGGAGAUCGUGAGGGAAGCUGGUCCAAGAAACCUACAUGCCCCAUUGGUAUGGACUCCUGAAGCCUCUACCGCAUUUGGCCUGUUAAAAACCGAUUUAUCUGUUGCUGCUGCCCUCACCUCGCCUGAUUAUGAAAAAACAUUUCAUUUGGAUGUUUCUGAAAAGGAGGGGUUCACCUCUUCCGUCCUUUUUCAGAAACAAGAGGGGGAGAGAAGAGUACUGAUGUACCACUCUGCUAAACUUGAUCACAUUGAGACAGGCCAAACCACGUGCUCCAGGUAUGUAGCUGCAGUGGCUAAGGCCAUUGAAAAAACCGCUCACAUUGUGAUGUGCCACAAGAUGGAGAUUCACACCCAUCAUGGGGUUGCGGCAUACCUGAUGAGCAAGGAAUUCACUUUCAGUGCUGAACGGAAAAGCAAAAUUCAGAACAAAUGUACUCAGUCACACAUCACGUUUGUCAACACAGACAAAAACAUGGCUGACGCACUCAAUGCAGAAGAAGGCCUGGCACACUCCUGCCAGGAAAGAGCAGCUCAGGAACUCAAGC